AUGUUUCCCGAACCGGAACACUGCUUCAACAAGUAAUUUCACUCGUGUUUUAUUAUUUUUAUCAAUUGUAUCUGCGAACAAUAUCACUGUCCUUCAAUAGUGUUCAAAUUUUUAUAAUGUUCUCUUUUGUAUCAUAUUAAUUUUAUGCGAUAGUUUCUGAUACUUUACACGUUAGUGUUAGAAUUUUCUGUGUGUCAAUAGUUCACGCUUUUUUCUGGUUUUGAAUAAUUAAACACAAAUUAUGAAUUUGUAUAAAAAUACCAUGUGUUAAAUAGUUAAAAUUAUAUUAAAAGUAUGCAAGUUUCAGCAAUUGCUUAUUUCCUUUUUUACAGAAAAACGUUUAUAUGAAGAAACAUGAAGGGAGUUAAAGCUCUAAUUUUAAUAGGCUUAGUAACGUUUGCUUUUGCAAAAGAAGAAAAACAGAAGGAAGAUAUUGGUACUGUCAUUGGUAUUGAUUUAGGCACAACCGUUGGAGUUUAUAAAAAUGGAAGAGCAGAGAUUAUAGCCAAUGACCAAGGAAACAGGAUUACACCUUCCUAUGUAGCAUUUACUGCUGAUGGUGAACGUUUAAUUGGAGAUGCUGCAAAAAAUCAGUUAACCACAAAUCCUGAGAAUACAGUUUUUGAUGCCAAACGAUUAAUUGGUAGAGAAUGGUCAGAUCCUACUGUACAACGUGAUAUUAAGUUCUUCCCAUUUAAAGUAAUUGAGAAAAAUAGCAAACCACAUAUAAGAAUGGUGAUUAACGGUGAAGAGAAAGUAUUUGCACCUGAAGAAAUCUCUGCCAUGGUACUUGGUAAAAUGAAAGAAACAGCAGAAGCAUACUUAGGAAAAAAAGUUACUCACGCUGUUGUUACUGUGCCAGCCUACUUUAAUGAUGCCCAAAGACAAGCUACUAAAGAUGCAGGCACUAUUUCUGGACUUGUCGUUAUGAGAAUUAUUAAUGAACCUACAGCUGCUGCAAUUGCUUAUGGUUUGGAUAAAAAAGAUGGGGAAAAGAAUGUGUUAGUCUUUGAUUUGGGUGGUGGUACUUUUGAUGUCAGUUUGCUUACAAUUGAUAAUGGAGUGUUUGAAGUUGUGGCAACAAACGGUGACACUCAUUUGGGUGGCGAGGACUUUGAUCAACGUGUAAUGGAUCAUUUUACUAAACUGUAUAAGAAGAAGAAAGGCAAAGAUAUUCGCAAGGAUAGUAGAGCUUUACAAAAAUUGCGUCGUGAAGUUGAAAAAGCUAAAAGAGCACUCAGUGUUAGCCAUCAAGUGAGGAUCGAAAUUGAGUCGUUCUUUGAAGGUGAAGACUUCUCUGAGACCUUAACACGUGCCAAAUUUGAGGAGUUGAACAUGGAUCUUUUCCGUAGUACCUUGAAACCUGUACAAAAAGUUUUGGAAGAUUCCGAUAUGAACAAGAAGGAUGUGGAUGAAAUUGUACUUGUUGGGGGCUCUACUAGGAUUCCCAAAGUUCAACAAUUAGUUAAAGAAUUCUUUGGAGGGAAAGAACCUUCACGAGGUAUUAAUCCUGACGAAGCCGUUGCAUAUGGAGCUGCUGUGCAAGCUGGCGUUCUUUCUGGAGAGCAAGAUACGGAUGCUAUUGUACUUUUGGAUGUUAACCCACUUACAAUGGGUAUUGAAACUGUUGGAGGUGUGAUGACUAAACUUAUUCCAAGAAAUACCGUGAUUCCGACCAAAAAGUCGCAAAUCUUCUCUACUGCAUCGGAUAAUCAACACACAGUAACUAUCCAAGUAUAUGAAGGUGAACGUCCAAUGACGAAAGAUAACCAUCUUCUUGGUAAAUUUGAUCUUACUGGCAUUCCACCAGCACCACGAGGUAUACCACAAAUUGAAGUUACCUUUGAAAUCGAUGCUAACGGUAUUUUGCAAGUAUCUGCUGAGGACAAAGGAACUGGAAAUCGAGAAAAGAUUGUUAUUACCAACGAUCAAAAUCGCCUUACUCCAGAUGACAUAGAAAGGAUGAUAAAGGAUGCAGAGAAAUUCGCAGACGAUGACAAGAAAUUGAAAGAACGAGUAGAAGCGCGCAAUGAACUCGAAUCUUAUGCAUAUUCUUUAAAAAAUCAACUAGCUGAUAAGGAAAAACUUGGGUCAAAAAUUACUAAUUCCGAUAAGGCUAAGAUGGAAGAAGCUAUUGAAGAAAAAAUUAAGUGGCUAGAAGAGAAUGCAGACACCGAUCCAGAGGAAUAUAAGAAACAAAAGAAAGAACUUACAGAUAUUGUUCAGCCUAUUAUUGCCAAAUUGUACCAAGGUGCAGGUGUUCCACCAACAGGUGGUGAUGAGGAAGAUCUGAAGGAUGAGCUUUAA